AUGACCCAACUUGACACUUAUCACAUGAUGGUAAUAUCACAAUACUUACCAUCAAUAAAAUACUUCGUAUCCAUCGAACUUGUUUGCAAAAAAUACAACGGCAACAUGGUGAAGUUUCACAACAACCCAAUUUCUUUAAACCAAAAGACUAUAAAAUAUUUUUCGAACAUCGAGACACUUAACAUAUAUAAUAGAUAUGACGAAACGUUUGGUAAUGACGUUUUCAAGACCACAAAAAAGACAAAUACAGCCGACAAAAUAAAUUUUUUCAAAAUCAAUGUGUGGUGUGAGGUGAGUUACGACGAAUACAAAACUCAAACGAACACGAACAUAUCAUAUAAAAACAUCAAUUACAAAUUAAAAGACUAUGAGAAGUAUGGCCAAAUUAUACCUAAAAACGUGAAAAAAUUGGGUACGAGGUGUUUAACCAAAUACAAAAAGCAGUCAAUAACAAUACCAAAUAGUGUAAAUUUACUUGAAGAUAACUGUUUUUCCAAUUGUACUUCACUCCAAUUUGUGACACUUCCAAGUUACUUACAAUGCAUAGAAAAUGGCUGUUUUUAUUGCGCGUUUUAUUUGAAAGAAAUAAACAUUCCUGAUACAGUAACUAAAAUUGGUGAAAACUGUUUUGAAUGUUGUUACUCCCUUUCUUCCAUAAAAUUGCCAAAAGCACUUUUAUGUUUACCAAAUAACUUAUGUGAGAGAUGCACAAAUCUACAAAGUGUAACAAAUCCAACAACUGUAGACACGGUUGGAUUUAAAUGUUUUGAUGGUUGUUCGAUGCAGUCCGUGCAAAUUUUGAAUUGUAAAUAUCGUCUUUGUGCAUUCGCAUUUUCUAAUUGCAAACUUUUGAAGUCUGUGACAAUGACUGGGAACUUAGAUGAAAUAAGAUGUUACUGUUUUUCAAAUUGUGAGUUGCUUGUUAGUGUCAGUCUACCAGAUUGUGUGACUUUGUUUGGUGACCACUGUUUUAAUCAAUGUAAAUCGCUCGAGUUCAUUAAACUUCCAGAAAAACUGAAUGAAAUACAAGUAGGAUGUUUUGGUGGGUGUAUCAAUUUAAAGAGAAUUGAAAUUGGGAGUAAACUAUAUGCUAUUGGGUCGUGUUGUUUUCGUGGCUGUCACAAUUUGGAAGAUCUUAUACUUCCAAACGGUCUCGUAUUGAUUGGAGAAAAGUCGUUCUUUGAUUGCAUAAAUUUGAAAACAAUCAUUUUACCAGAAAGCUUGAAACAAAUAAAAGAUGAAUGUUUUGGUGGGUGCACUACACUUGAAAUAACAGUACCAAGCACUCUUGUUUUGAUUGGUAAAAACGCUUUUUCAAACUGCAAAAGUGUUAUUUAUCAAAAGAAAAAAACAUCAAAACAAGAGUCAAAUCCCGUCAGAAUAGCCGAAUGCUGUCGGCCAUAA